UAAUUAAUUCAAAAUGUUUCAUAAAUUUCCAUAUGGUUCAUUGAUAUUUUCCAUGCUGUUCAUCUGUGGUGUCAGCAUCAACAUUUACUGUAUAAUAAAAUUGACCAAUAUUUAUUCAUUAUUCGCUUAUGACAUGUUGAAACGAAAAGAUUAUUUAUGGAUCAAAGAUAUUAGAAUUAAUUUGAUUGUAUUUUAUGCAAUCACAAUGAUGUUAAUCUGCUACAAUUUGGUCAUUUCAUUUCGAAUAACAAUCAAUUCAAAUGAUGCCAUAUCUACACCUAUAACUAAGAAGAAAUCUAAACGUAUAUAUUGUCUUGAUUCGGGAAUCAUUCAGAAAAUAGUGUUUGCAAUCAAUCAAUUGAUUAUGGUCGCAUUCUUCAUUGUAACAAUGUUGAUUAUAAUUGAAUUUUUUGUUUUAUGGACACUUACACAUCUCUGUACGGAUGGAUCUAAUAUUAUGCGUUUAAUGCCACAAGAUCAAUAUAAAACGGAUCGACUUCCAGGCGAAAUGGGACAAUUUCUUGAUUUAAGAGAAUUUGCACCAAUACUUGGUUUGCGUAUGAAUGAAACUCAAUUUCUAUAUUUCGAUAAUGAUAGAUUGAAAAUGUUCUGCGAUGAUUAUGUUUCAAUAUCCUAUCUUUACAGUAUAAUUUUCUUCAUUUCAUCACUAAUCACCUACUAUUCAUUGGUACAAUUAAACAUUUUAUUAGCCAGUAAUAUAAGCAAAGAUUCGAUACGAAAAGAUUUUCAAGAUGUAAUGUUUCUUUAUUUUAAUGAUGUAGCAUUGAUAAAUUCUGAACAGAGAAAAUGAGAAUAAACAUAACAAUAAAUUAUUAAUUCAACAAAAAAAA